AUGGCGCCAGAAAAUCAAACAGCAAAUGCGGAAGCCCCUGCACGCUAUGAGCCAGUGGCAAUCAUUGGCUUAAGUUGCAGACUACCAGGCGACGCACGCAAUGCCGAACAGUUUUGGGAGCUUCUGGAGUCGGCCAGAGGGGCUUGGUCCGAGAUACCAAAAUCAAGGUUUAAUUUAGAUGCCUUCUAUCACCCUGACCACACACACCAUGGCACUACACAUGUGAAGGGUGGCCAUUUUUUAUCCCAGGAUAUACUGGACUUUGACAACAGUUUCUUCCGCUUGAAUGCAGAGGUGGCAGCGGCAACAGAUCCACAGCUGCGGCUACAGCUCGAGACAACUUACGAAGCGUUCGAGGAUGCUGGCUUGUGUAUGGAAGAUCUGGCCGGGAGCCGUACUUCUGUUUUUGCAGGCGCCUUUCACCGUGAUCACCAUGAUUCCAUGAUGAAAGACCCCGACAACCUCCCACGCAAUACCAUGUUAGGGGCUGGUACCGCAAUGCUUGCGAAUCGCAUAUCUCAUUAUUUUGAUCUUCGUGGACCAAGCCUAGUCGCCGAUACUGGUUGCUCGACAAGUCAUGUCAUCCUGCACAUGGCUUGUCGGAGUCUUCAAACGGGUGAUAGCACGAUUUCAGUGGUCACUGCUGGAAACGUGAUGCUUGGUCCAGAGCCAUUUAUCUCUAUGUCUGGUCUCGGCCUGCUAUCCAAGGACGGACGUUGCUAUGCCUUUGAUUCGCGAGCUUCUGGUUACGGUCGCGGAGAAGGUGCAGUCUCGUUGGUCUUGAAGCUUGAGAGCCAGGCAAUAGCGGAUGGUGAUAACAUUCAUGCGGUCAUCCGCUCUACAGCGUUGAAUCAAGACGGGCGAACGCCCACAAUCACAUCACCAUCUCAAGAGGCCCAAGAGGAGCUGAUUAGAGAAUGUUAUCAAAAGGCAGGCUUGGAUCCUGCAGAGACGGACUACUUUGAAUGUCACGAUGAGCUCUUAAAAGACGAUCUUAACUCUCGGGUAGACAAGGCUGAGAUAAGCAUGCCGCUUUGCUGCGCUCUGCAGAUUGCACUCGUCUGUCUCUUGCGCUCUUGGAACAUUCAUCCCACUGCAGUAGUCGGCCAUUCCAGUGGCGAAAGUGCUGCUGCAUUUGCUGCUGGUGCCCUAGACAUGCGAUCGGCCAUCGCCGUGCAAUACUAUCGUGGCUUGCUCACGAAAAGACUGGCGGGUACUCGGUCGACCAAAGGAAGCAUGAUGGCCGCAGGCCUCAGCUUGGAAGAUGUUGAGCGAUACCUUUCCAAAGUUACUUCUGGUAAAGCCGUGGUUGGGUGCCAUAACUCGCCAUUGUCGGUAACCUUAUCGGGAGAUGCAGAUGCCAUCGACGAGCUAGAGAUACUGUUAAAAAUCGAUGGUGUCUUUACUCGCAAGCUCAACGUCCCGACCGCCUUUCACAGCCACCAUAUGAGUCACGACGCUACGGAAUACCUCAAGUAUCUGGAAGAGUGUUUCACUGCACCACAAGAUCCUUUGCUAGCACACUUGUCGUCUUCGGUCACGGGCGGAUGGUGCGAAAAGGCAUCAGACUUCGGACCAGAACACUGGGUGGACUAUAUGCUCAAACCCGUGCGCUUUGCAGAUGCCCUAUCGAAGCUCUGCAGCGAGCGACCUUGGGAUGAGAUGUUCAAUAAAGGACAGAAGGCAGUAGAUGUCCUUAUCGAAAUUGGCCCUCAUGGAGCACUGGCUGCGCCGAUUCGUCAGUCGUUACAGGUUGCACAGUUUAAAGAUCUCCAAAUUGGUUACAUUUCAGCUCUGAAGCGAAAUGAGAACGCGGUGCAUACAAUGCAUGACCUGGCCGGCUUCCUCUGGACUCGCGGCUACCCAGUGGAUCUUGCGGUAGUCAACUCUACAGAAACGCAACACAAUCGCCCCCAAUUCCUUACAGGACUAACACCGUACCCCUGGAACUACCAAUCAAAAUUGCGAGCUGAGUCCUCUAUAGCCAAAAGGUACCGGCUUCGACCAGUCGGCCCUGACGAGUUGAUUGGCUUCCUCGAUACGAGCUGCGAUCUUUCUAACCCGUCGUGGACCAACGAUUUUGAACCAGAGAAACUGUUCCACGACGGAGAACAGGUAUGCUCUGUAGGCGUGUAUUGCUCUCUGGCAGGUAGAGCGAUCCAAAAACUAGCCAGCUGGCAACAAACGAACGGUAAUUCCAAUGCGGCGACUCCGAGAUUCCGGCAUGUCGAGAUACACGAAGAUCUACAAAUCGAUGAUGCACAGCUGACCAAACUCCAUGUGGAGUUGCGUCAAUCCAAGUUAGGACCAGAACCUAUAGCAGAGAUAUGGCGCGUAUUUACCAUCAGCUCAGAAGACAGCUCUGGUAUGUGGACGAUACACUGUGAUGGUCUUGUGGGCCUGACUACCACGUACGAGGGAAAUCCGGAUAUAUUCUUGCAAGCUCGUUCUCUAGCUAAGAGCUCUCUUGCGCCAAUCGACAGCCUGCCGAGAACGAAAUCGGUAGAGACUUCCAUCUGGGAGCUGGAGAAAGCAACUAUCAAGGAGCAUGAGCGCCAGCUUCGUGAAGACUUCGAGCUAGUAGCAUUGGUAUUUAUGGAGGAAGCGCUUCAAGACCUGCAAGACAAUCCUCCCAGACGAAUGCUUCCUCACCAUCGGGCCUACAAAAAGAUGAUCACAUCGAUAGUUGGAGAAGCACGAUCCAAUCAGCAAACCAGUAAGAAAACCAGAUGGGCCAGCAUGUCCACAACUGGAAAGGAUGAACUGAAGAAUCGUGUUCGCGCUAGCUGUACCAAUGGCCAGGUACUAUGUUCUCUCGGUGAAAACCUAUCACAGAUUUUGAGAGGUUUGACAGAUCCAGACGAGGUGCUAAGUAAGAACCACCUUACAAAGGGUCUCCUGGAAAGUCCAUCUGAACGAAGAAGCCUGGGGCAAAUGAGAGCCGUGAUCAGCAAGGUUGCUCGCGAACAUCCCCGUAUCCGUGUUCUACAGAUCGGAGCGGGCAUUGGACGCGCUACCGAAUUGAUUCUGGAAGCACUCUUCAGCGAACCGUCUCCAUCGGCCGAACGAGGCAUCCAGCUUCUGGUUGCCGAUAAAUGCAACAGCCGCGUCGAACAUCUCCGAACCCAGUUCAAAGCCCAGGAAGACACUGUGACUUUUGUCAAGCUAGAUAUCGGUGCGGAAACAUGUGAUCCAUCCUUUGAAGCCGGACCCUUCGACCUCGUUGUAGCCUAUCAAGUUUUCCACGACUGCAGGGAUAUCAAGCUUGCCUUAGAAAAUGUAUCAAGGCUCCUGAAGCCAGGCGGAAAGCUUCUCUUUGCUGAGACGACCAUGCCUCCUCUCGAUAUGAGGCUAUGCUUGGCGAUCCAUCCAAGCUGGUAUAUUGGUAUGACAUUCUUCAUGACAUUGCACUCUUAUGCUGAUAGUACUAACACGUUGUUCACAGGUAGCGAGCCAGAACGAAAAUUAAACCCUUACUUGUCUAUUCAACAGUGGGCAUCUCUACUUUCUGAAGCCGGUUUCGGAAGUAUCGAUGGAAAGCUCAGAGAUUGCGAAAGCGACGAUCAUCACUCUAUUCACCUCAUGCAAGCUACAAGGCUUCAUUCAAACGCGGAUUCAGCAGAAAAUUACUCCAGUAACUUGCAAGCUUCAUGCUUUACCCAAAUGUGGCGGCCAGAUAUUGAUCUUAUGCCUUCGAGCCAGAUCAAAGAUCUAAUCUGCAACCGCAUUAUAAAAAGCUCUGAUCACCUUCCAUUGGACCUUCUAGAGUAUGUUUGCUUAGUUUAUAUGUCUCAAACCCUUACUUGGUUAGAACAAGCAGAAAAUCUGCAGCAUGCACAAAGCGGUCACUGGCAACUUUACGCGCAAUGGAUACGCAGCUGUAUGGAACAGCACCCAUCGCUCGAUCUCAAGGAUCCCCUCGUGGAAGAAAACAUGAAAGCCGCAAGAGAAACAAUCGCAUCUUCUGAGAGCGGCAGUAUCGUUCUUGGUAUGAUCGACCUGAUCGGGAAGAACCUACGCAAGAUCUUCACGAGAGAGACCGAGACACUACAGGUCAUGGUUGAAGGCGACCUUCACCGAUUCUACAGAUCUGCAUUCGGUAUCUCAGCAAACCCCAGCAUUGCGCAAUACAUUGGUCUUAUCGCAGACAAGAAACAGGGCAUACGCAUCCUGGAGAUCGGUGCGGGCUCAGGCGGAACGACCUACGAUGUCCUUGAGCGUCUUCGCAAUGAAGAUGGCACGUCCAAGGCUGUCAAGUAUCAUUUUACAGACAUAAGCCCGGGAUUUCUAGGAAAAUCUGCCGAAAUCUUUUCCAGGGAUUCAGCAAUCAUGGAGUUCAGCACUCUUAACAUCGAAAAGGACCCAAGCGCGCAAGGUCUGGAGGAGCAACAGUUUGAUGUCAUCGUAGCUGCAAACGUGCUGCAUGUUACGCCAGAUCUUCAAAAUACACUCAAGAACUGCCACAAACUCUUGAAGCCAAAUGGAAAAUUGGUUUUGGGUGAAAUCACAGAGCGAUGUCUUUACGCCGGCUUCAUUAUGGGCUCUCUUCCUGGUUGGUGGUUGGGCGAGAACGAUGGCCGUACCGGAGGUCCAUUGCUCAAUGUCCCAGGAUGGGACGUGUCACUCAAGAAAGCUGGAUUCUCCGGCGUUGACAUGGACAUGCAAGGUGUCAAUGGAGAAUCUCGGGAGCCAAUGUCUUUGAUCGUCUCAACAAAGUCCCCUGUCUCCAAGGUCAACGGUAUUUCAGCUUCGAAAUACACCAUCAUCACCACAGGGACGCCGAUUUGCACUGCCUUUGCAGAUAGCAUCAGACUCGCAUUGGAUACGGAAAACAGCGAAACGGACAUCAUCGCCUGGUCUGACUUCGGAACAGAGGACAUACAAGGCAGUUACUGCAUCUCGCUUGCGGAAUGGGACGCUCCUAUACUGGCCACCAUCACCGACGAAGACUGGCAAAAGUUGCAUACUCUGAUAUACAAGUCUCUUGGGACACUGUGGGUGACGGCUGGUGCCGCAAUGGAUACACCAAAUCCAUCGGCCUCCCUCAUGACUGGACUUGCUCGCGUCUUCCGCCACGAGCACGACAAUCUUGCUUUUGCGACAAUGGAUGUCGAACUCGCUGAUUCCAUCGACCUACCCAUUGCUUCAGCCGCAGUCAUGAGGGUCGCUAUCACACACAGUCAUGCAACCCAGCCUGACAGCGAGUUUGCGGCUCGCGGACCCGUGAUCUAUGUUCCGCGCGUGGAAAGAGCAUCGAAUAUGAGUAGCAUGCUUCCCGACUUCAAGGCUCAUGGAGCCCAGGACCCAAUCCCACAUACAAAUGGCGUAGUGCAAACUGAGGUUUCGUCUGAUGCUACCUAUAUAAUCGCUGGCCUCGGUGGCAUUGGAAGAGAAAUCGGCCGCUGGCUGGCAAAGAGGGGAGCUAAGCACCUGGUGCUGCUUUCUCGUUCGGCCACCUCUUGCAAAGAAAACAUUGUUUAUGCCAAGGAUCUCUACAGGAAUUAUGGCACAUCUGCGUGGCUGUUCGAUUGUGACAUAGCGGAUCGCACCGCUUUGCAGAAGGUGUUAGCCAACAUCGGGCAUCUGCCACCCGUAAAAGGUGUCAUCAACGGCGCUAUGGUUAUGAAGGAUGUUCUCAUCGAAAACAUGACGACCGAAGACCUUCGUCUUACUAUCGGACCAAAAGUGUAUGGCACUCUAAACCUCCAUGAUCUUCUUCCUAAAGACCUUGAUUUCUUUGUCAUGCUGUCUUCGGUUGCAGGCGUGGCAGGGUACCGAGGCACCGGAAACUACGCCGGUGCGAACACGUUCCAGGAUGCUUUCGCAUUCUUCCGACGCUCGCUUGGCCAGCGAGCCACGACAAUCGACAUCAGUUACUUGCUUGACGUAGGCAUUGUCACCGAACGUGACGAUUAUGCAGGCUACAUGAAAGCGUUGGGCAUGCAAUCCAUGUGCGUCUCGGAUCUGCUAGACCUCCUUACCACAGCUCUGCACGCCGACAGCCCCGCUCAAAUCAUCUACGGUUUACCAACUGGUCAGGUCCAGCCAGGGUGGUAUUGGACUAACGACGUUCGUUUCGCUGGCUUGGUAAAAGUUGCACAGGCAAAGCCUCCUGUUUUAACAUCAACCAACACUCGCGCCAUUCAGGAGAAGCUGCCGAACUGCACCAAUGUCGAUACCACAACGGAACAUAUCACCAAGGCUUUGACGGAGCGUCUUGCACAACUCAUGAUGCUACCAGUUACUGAUGUGGAUCCUAAUGAGCCGUUAUCUGCGUACGGUGUGGACAGCUUGGUGGCCGUGGAGCUGCGCAGUUGGAUAUUGAAGGAGUUGUCGGUGCAAGUAAGUACAUCGGUUAUCACGGCAGACGGGCCAAUGAAUCUACUGGUGAGCCGAUUGGCGGCGAAAGCUCAAGGUCAUGAAUGA